AUGACUGAGACACGAAUAAGAACGGCGGCUUUGAUGCAAGCAGAGCGUAUGUUGAGGGAUCAGACACGAACAGCAAACAAGCGCAACAACGCACAAACAACCACACCAGCUGAGGAUAACUCUACAAACGCUAACAAACGCGAAUGUCCUGAGAAGAAAGCAAAUCAAGCCACGAAGACUGAGCAGCGAGCCAAGAAAGAUAUACAGAUAGCAAAACUGUCCAUUACAUCUGGCAAGGUGGAAGACAUCACAGACGGUGAUGAGCACUGA